GAAUAUCCGGUCGGCUGGGGGAAGGGGGAGGAAGGGAAAAUUGCUCAUAAUCUCCACUUUCGGUACAAAAGUACCGCAGCAUCAAUUCAUGGUCCCGGGAGAGAGCGUGUCAACAAGCAUAAAAUACCACAAUAGGUAGCAACAAAAAAGAAGAAGAAAAACAAUGCAACUUUACCUCCGUACAAAAGGAAAAGAUGUAAAAUAUGGAGAGGGGACUGGACCCUCUUCACAAUGGUUGAAAUGAAGGACCCAGCAUUGACCCAGCAUUGGAACGAUUGGAAUUGGACGGGGACACGGCAAUGUCUGGGAAGGUGCGGCCCAUUCCGGUUCCCGACCUGCCCACAUGGGAUGCGGCAAUUCUCCGGACACCCGCUCACUUUUGCUUUGGUUUGUUCCUUUUUUUUUCCCCUCCCUUUCGCCUGGUUUCAGUCUGUUCUUUUUGGUUUCCGGCCUACCCAGCCCGUUCUUUUUUACCUUGGUAGGUUUGGAUGAUCUUAGAUAAAGUGAAGUACACCCCCGAGUCAUUCCAGUAAAUCCAGGUCAAUCAAGAUCUCAGGUCUAGAAUCGAUUCUCCAGGUACUUCCGUGGAGAGAGGGAACAUGACAUGAACAUCAUUCCAUGUUUACCCAAGUUGUGUACAAAAGGACCAAACAAUCGCAAGGGGCUGACUGAUGGCUGUGUCGCACCCGUCGCUUUUAGUACCUAUCUUCCCUGGAUGAUGUUUUGUUGUUGUUGCUGCUACUGCUGCUGUUAGCGUGCAUUCCAUUUGCGGAAGCAGCCACAUGCAAAAGAAAGUUAGGAAGAGGAGAAAACACCGAGUCUGGACCAACCCUAUCGUUCCAUGUUUAUUUUGUAGUGUCUUACGAAUUGCGUCAAAAUUUCCGAAUCCCGUCGACGGGACCAGUAUGCCCUAUGUCUCUUUUGAGCAACUUCCUCCGCAUAGGGUGCUCGCGACUUGUAGUAGUGUGAUCUAUCUUCC